GAGAGAGGCUGCCCGCUGCCCAAUGACAGCGCAGGAUGCUGAGAGAGGCUGUUGGGCUUGAAUGGAGGCGACAAGAUGCCGUCCAGAGCGACCAAGGAGACCAAUUGACAACUGAAAAGAUCUGACAUUGAUGUGACCUAACCCACCCAUUCAGACAUGAAAUAAGUCAUCCAUGUUUGGUUGAAAAAAGUCAGAGCAGUCUCAUUUGAGCACGCCCCUGUUAAAGGACCCUCUGGUGGCUACUCCUCUGAAUCACGGGACAUGUACGGCAGUGCCAGAGCUGUAGGUCAUGUAGAGAGCAGCCCUGUACGGUCCCCGCGCCUUCCAAGGUCCCCCAGACUGGGCCAUCGAAGGGCACACAGUGGGAGCGGGGGUGGUGCAGGGGGCAAGACCCUCUCCAUGGAGAACAUCCAAUCACUCAACGCUGCCUAUGCUACUUCAGGGCCCAUGUACCUGAGUGACCACGAGGGCGUGGGCUCCACUGCCACCUACCCAAAGGGAACCAUGACUCUGGGUCGCGCCACCAGCCGGGCCAUGUACGGGGGUCGCGUCACAGCCAUGGGCAGCAGCCCCAAUAUUGCUUCAGUGGGGCUGCCUCAUGCUGACCUUCUGUCUUACAGUGACCUGGGCUCCCUCUCCAUGCUGCACGCCCACCACCACCAGGGGGUGCCCUCGGCUCUGCUCAGGCAGGCCAUGCGGGGCAGUGGUGGCGAGCUGCUGGAGAUGCAGGCCCAGCUCAGGGAGAUGCAGAGGGAGAAUGAGAUGCUGCGGCGGGAGCUUGACCUGAAGGAGAGUAAGUUGGGAUCUUCCACCAACAGCAUCAAGAGCUUCUGGAGCCCAGAGCUGAAGAAGGAGAGGAUCAUGAGGAAAGAGGAGGCGGCUCGAACGUCCAUUCUGAAAGAGCAGAUGAGAGUCACACAUGAGGAGAAUCAGCUGCUGGACGCCAGGAGAACCAAGCAUCUCCAAAUGACCAUCCAGGCUCUGCAGGAUGAACUGCGCACACAGCGAGACCUCAACCACCUGCUUCAGCAGGAGAGCGGAAACCGAUCUGGCUCGGAGCAUUUCACCACCAUCGAGCUGACAGAGGAGAACUUCCGCCGGCUGCAAGCCGAGCACGACAGGCAGGCCAAGGAGCUCUUCCUGCUCAGAAAAACCCUGGAGGAAAUGGAGCUAAGGAUAGAGACCCAGAAACAAACACUCGGUGCCAGGGACGAGUCCAUUAAGAAGCUGCUGGAGAUGCUGCAGAGUAAAGGGCUGCCUCCCGGGCCGGGCAGGGCGACCGAAGAGGAAGAGCAGGAAAGAGCCAGGCGCAUUGCUGAGGCUGAGGCCCAACUCGGACACCUGGAAGUAAUUCUGGAUCAGAAGGAGAAGGAAAACAUCCAUCUGCGAGAGGAACUGCACAGAAGAAAUCAGCUCCAUCAGGAUCCAAGCAAAACCAAGGCCUUGCAGACCAUCAUAGAGAUGAAAGAUACCAAAAUUGCCUCCCUGGAGCGCAACAUCCGAGAUCUGGAGGAUGAGAUCCAGAUGCUGAAGGCGAACAGCUUACUAAACACAGAGGAUCGAGAGGAGGAAAUCAAACAGAUGGAGGUCUACAAGAACCACUCCAAGUUUAUGAAGACUAAGAUUGACCAACUGAAGCAGGAGCUGUCAAAGAAAGAGUCGGAGCUGCUGGCUCUGCAAACAAAGCUAGAGACCCUCAACAACCAGAACUCGGACUGCAAACAGCAUAUCGAAGUGCUCAAAGAGUCUCUCACUGCCAAAGAGCAACGUGCUGCCAUCCUCCAGACAGAGGUCGAUGCUCUACGUCUGCGUCUGGAGGAAAAGGAGUCCUUUCUGAACAAGAAAACUAAGCAGCUGCAGGACCUGACAGAGGAGAAGGGAACUCUUGCUGGAGAGAUCAGGGACAUGAAGGAUAUGCUGGAGGUUAAAGAAAGGAAGAUUAAUGUCCUGCAGAAAAAGAUUGAGAACCUGCAGGAGCAGCUGAGAGACAAAGAGAAGCAGCUGGGAAACCUGAAGGACAGGAUCAAGUCUCUGCAGACCGACUCCAGUAACACAGACACUGCCCUGGCCACCCUGGAGGAGGCGCUCUCAGAGAAGGAGAGAAUUAUUGAGCGGUUAAAGGACCAAAGAGAGAGAGAAGACAGAGAACGUCUGGAAGAAGUGGAUUCCUAUAAGAAGGAGAACAAAGAGCUGAAGGAGAAGGUCAACAGCCUGCAGAUAGAGUUAACAGAGAAGGAGUCUAGUCUCAUCGAUCUCAAAGAACAUGCAUCAUCCCUGGCAUCUUCUGGCCUCAAGAAGGACUCAAAGCUCAAGUCCCUGGAAAUUGCCAUCGAGCAGAAAAAAGAGGAGUGUAGUAAGUUGGAGACGCAGUUGCAAAAGCAAGCUGAGCAGCUAUUCAGUCACAUGAACAAUCCUAAAGCUCAUGAGGUGGAGCAGCAGCACUCGGGCCCCCGAGGAAACCCAGAGUACGUGGAUCGAGUAAAGCUUCUGGAAAAGGAAGUGAGCUAUUACAAGGACGAGGCAAGCAAGGCACAGUCGGAAGUGGAGAGGCUUCUGGACAUCCUGAGAGAGGUGGAGACCGAGAAGAAUGACAAGGACAAGAAGAUUGCUGAGCUGGAAAGGCAAGGAGGUAAAGAUCAGAUCAAGAAGGGUUCCAACAUCAAACUGGGACUACAAGGAGACAAGAAAGGCUUAGGGCAAGAUCCUCGCAAGGAAGGCUCUUUAGAAAGUGGUCACCACUUAAAGCUGGAGGAACUGAUGAGCACGCUGGAAAGGACGAGACAGGAGCUGGAUGCCACCAAGCAGCGUCUCUCCUCCACACAGCAGUCCUUACAGGAGAAGGACACCCAUCUUAUUAACAUGAGACAAGAGCGCAGGAAGCAGCUGGAGGAGAUCCUUGAAAUGAAACAACAAGCUCUGCUGGCAGCCAUCAGUGAAAAAGACGCUAACAUAGCAUUACUCGAACUAUCUGCCUCCAAUAAAAAGAAGACCCAGGAGGAGGUGCUGGCCCUGAAACGAGAGCGGGACAAACUGAUGCACCAACUCAAACAACACACACAAAGCAGAAUGAAGCUGAUAGCUGACAACUAUGAGGAUGAGCAGUAUCAUCCGCAUGCUCCUCACCACCAGCCGCAGCCGCCACAUGCCCAGACUCAGCCACAGCCCCAAUACCCCCAUCCUCCCCAUGCUCAGCAGUCUCCUUAUCCACACGCCACACACCCCCAACACCCACAGCACCUGCAACACCCACAAGCCCCGGCACAGCUCCCGCAUCCACAGCAACCGCAGCCCCAGUAUCCUCAACACGCGCAACACCCGCAGCACCCUCAGCAUCCUCAGCACUCUCAACCGCUUCCUCAGCACCAACAGCAUCCACGUCCCCCACAGCCACAGCACCCGCACCAACAGCACCCACAGCAUGUGCAGCAGCACCCACAUGGACAUCCGGCUCCACAGCACCCUCACCCCCAGCACCCACAUGGGCCUCCCCCCCAAGGACCUCACCCACAACAUUCUCACCCGCAGCAUCCUCAGCACCCUCAGCAUCCCCAGCAUCCACACCAUGCCCAGCAUCCUCGUCACCCCUCACCUCACCAUCGUGGAGGGCCCGCCCGUGGACCGCCACACACAGGCCACCGUCCCUCUCCAGACCAGGAUGAUGAGGAGGGCAUUUGGGCAUAGCUGAGACAACCAAAGCUCUAAUGUUGUUUUGAGGGGAGAUUCAGUCACUACUGGAGGAGCAUGGUCAUCCCAAGAUGUUGAAACACCACCCAAAUAAACAUUUAUCACCUUCAGCGAAUCAGUACUUCUGAGCAGUGGGACCUUUAUUUUAUUUUAUUUUUUUGUUUGUUUGUUUUUUACUUCUUUUUUUGUUUUGUUAAGUUUUGCACAUUUCUUUCUGAGGAACAGGAGGCGGUACUCAGGUUUUCAGGUCCUGCAUGAAGACUGGCAGCUGAGCAGGUGAGGUGAGGCCUUCGCUUUACGUGAACAGGAAGACCAUCCUCCACAGUGUUCACAAAUCAUCUGAAAUGAUGCGCUGAUGGAGACACAGAAGACAAAUUGCUGCUUCAACGGACAAGACUACCACAGGCACCCUGCAGCAGAGGUGUCACAGAGGUCACCUCACCUGUCUGUCACCUGCUGAAUAGCCACCCCUCUUCAUCCUCAUAGCAGAGAAUUUCUGAUUCUGCCAGUAAAGUUCUUGUUUUCUUCAUCAAAUCACAUCAUUUGUUUUAAAAUGGUUGUUAUCUUGUUGACUGUUAAAGUCAAGCUCUGACUGUCUACUAGGCCUGACGCUCAUCCUCACUGCCCUCCUGACUCACCUAGUGACAUCUGACCCCUCCACGUAUCGCUAACGACCCUCGCAGUGUCUUCUGGUAUCUUUUACAUCCAGACAAGUUGUAUUUAUCUUCGAGGUCUCGUGUUAGGCAUUCCUUCCUAUUAUGAUGUCCAUCUUGACUAGCAUGUCACUUUUAAGUCACUUUAGGUUUUCUGUUGCCAUUUUUUGUUGGCACGAGGAAGCACUUUUUGUUCACCUAUGGAGCGCCUUGAGUGACUUUCCUCCAGUGUUUCCUUUGCUGCACAAACCUCUGGUUUUGGGGUCUCGUUUUUGCCUCAAAGUAGUGGCUCUUGUCAGCAUUUUUUUUCUUUCUUUGCAUUACCUCAUUUUAGUCAGAAAUAGUAAAAGAAAAAUCAGUCUAUGCAGAUAUUAGCAUAGAGAUAAUGCAUUUUUAUUUUUCCAUGUAUAUUUGAAUUAAUUCUAAUUGUAUUUGACCAAUCAGAGCUGCCAAGAGAGUGGUCAGAAGAUAUUGAUUAGAUGCUUUUGAUUUUCUGCGACUAUGCACCUCCUCUAUGUUGGCAGGAACUUUCACUAAUGGUGCUUCUGCUGGUGCUCAAACUAAAUGGUGUCAGAAGAUCUAACCAGAGCAUCUUUUAGUCCUUUUACAGUAGAAGGACUUGGGCUUCAUAAGCAACCGUACAAGACUGCUUUGUAUAUAUACUGGUUAAAAUUUAAGGGUGGGAGGGCUUUGCGAACAACGAUUAAACAUUUUCUCCAAAACUAUGGCUGCCAUUAGCCUCAGAAGAGACAGUGACGCUAAGUAGACGUUUUCUCUGCAGAUCUAAGUGGUUCCAGUGACACCCCAGUUUCUCGAUGAGUCCUCUCCCCUCUCCUUCAUAAUCUUCCGGCAGUAGCCUGUGUGACGUCCCCACACAUAGUGACUUGUUUUCUCCUACUCAACAAGGUGGCCUGUGCCUCGUAAAAUCUGUACACAAAAAAUAGAUAUGCAUAUAUUAUACAUAUAGAGAGAAAUCUAUAGAGUGUGUCUAUAUGUGAUCAAAAAUGUUUAAAACUAAUAAGAUAUAGUAUAUGGGUUUGUUGUUUUUUUUUUUUUUUUCUUUUAUGGUUAUUUUUCUAACUGGCUAGAGGUCAGAGAUAUUUUAUUUAAGAGUGCCGAUGGGUGAAAUUUCCUCAGAUUUGUACGCUGUGAUAAAACCCUUCAGCAACUUAACAUUCCCUCUCUGAAAAUGCAGACCAAUCCAGAAAAAAGAAAAACAUAAAAUAUAUUAAAUAAGGUUCAGAGCGGCAGUUUAUGGGAAAGUGUGUCCAAAUUUAUCUAGCUGUCUAGAAAAGAUGCCAACGUUACAUUCCUUUAAAGGGAUAGUUGGGAGUUUUUGAGGAGGGGUUCUGUGGGAUUUAUAUCAGCAGUUGGACAUUUUGCGUCAAAUGUAGUUUACUGAACAAUUUCAGUUUGGAUGAAAGGAAAUUAUUUCCCACUGUAGAGUCAAGAUGACGACAAGUCAGACUGGAUCCAGUUCCACAGAACUGUUCUGCUCUCUCAAAUGAACUUUUAGCAGUAUGUGCACCAUCUUAUCAAUCUUUGCGUUAACGUUGCUUUUAUAGUAGAUAUGGGACAAUAGUUUACAUGUUUGUAUAUAUGCAGCGAGCUCCGUUUCCCUGAGGUUCAUUAAUGAUGACAUUGCAAAUAUGUUUGUUAACAAACAUACAUAAACUGUUUGAGAAAUUUAGGCAAAACCAAUAAGUGGCUCAAGAGAAUGCUAUUUUAUUAUCUUUUUACGCUGCAUUAUUUUAUAUGUGAGAUAAGAUGAGUUUUCUAUGGAUGUUUUCUGAAAAACUAAAACUAAUGUUACACACAAUAAAGAUCAGGAUAAUAUACCUUUGCAAGAGGCACUAGGAAAAGGAUAUUCACAACCUCAGAACUAACUAGUUUUCACAUCAUGUCAGGGAAUGUGAUGUUUUUAAAACGGUGGUUUCAUGAACCAGUACUACAUGUUUUUAAAAUAGAGAUCCCACUUUUAUUUAUUUUCUAUAAAAGUGGGACAACAAGUAUGUUGUCUGUUUUUCACUUGUCUUUCAAUACCUUUUCAUUUGUUUGGACAGCUUUUUGUUUUUUUGCCUUGGUAUAUGAAAUCAUCAUUUGAAAACUGCAUUUUGUAUAAAUUAAAGUUUCCUUCAUUUGCUAUUGAAAUUUAUUAAUGAUCUAAAACAGAAACAUGAUAGAAAACAAAAGCAACGGUAAUUUGUAAAAGGAUAUAAGCAACUUCCGACUGCUGAUAAGAAAACCCCAGAAUUCCACUUUUUGAAAUCCCUAACUAUGUCUUUAACACUAAAUCAACUCAGUUGAAGACCACUUAGCCUGUGGUGACAACUUUAAACAGAGAAAAGUAUUUUUUAUUUUGUUUUGUAGCUCUCACAGGUAGCAGUGAGAUUUCUUCUGCUGCAAGCAGAAGCUUGCACUUGUAAAUGAAGACUAUCACAAUAUCCUCCAAGGAGAGGUUUCAGUGACUCUGUCUGGAUGCAUUUCUCCUUUGUGUAUUUGUUGUUGUCGUCAUGUGAACUGAAGUGGUGAUGUGUGUGUGACCGUGACAGCUGAUUUAGGUAGAAGAACCAUCACGUUGUUACAGUAUUAUGAGAAAAUGAAGCUGACUGUUACUAAUGCCCUCCUCCUUCCUCGACCCUCCCGGUGUCUGUGUGUCAAGUGUUGGUUAUUGUGAUCAAAAGUCUCUCCAUCUCACCCAAAUCUUCUCAAACCAAGGUGAUCCAAUGUUCUUUUUUCUUUUUUUUACAUGUGUCAUUCCCACAGAAGCAGCUCCCACCAUUGAACAAAAACCAACAAGUUCUACAAGACGUUGUUUGUUUGUUUUUGUUUACAAAUCUUGAUAUAAAGGCCUUUUUUAUUGCUAGAGAGACAGCGCAAACAGACAGAGGAGCAUAAAUCCUCACUUCACCAUCAGGGGGUACUAAUCCUCCGUUUUCAGGUCCUUAUCUACUGAAUACUUGAAGUAGGGAGUUUUCCUACCAUGAUAUAGCAUACAUUAUUUAAACGAUAAUAACAUGGAACAUUUUAAUUGUGCCCAUGCAUGCUGAUUUUUACAUUAUGUGCCAAUUGAAGGUGAUGGUGUAUGGAUAAUCUACUGUACUCUAUGCAGUGAUUGCUCUAUUGUUGUGUCAAGAUAAAGAAAUUAUCUAAAAAUAUAAUCAUUAAAAUCUGAGGAGACGCCGGAGAUUGGGAGAAUAUUUCCAGUCCUCAGACUAAAGACUAACAGGUGAUUCUUUAUCCGUGCCUAGAAGCAGCUGUGUAGAUUCACCAGUCAUUUUUAAAGGCCUUUGAAAGAACUACAAAAAGCCAACCAUAUUUUUUCUUUCUUUGCUGUAAUAGUCUUUAUUUUACUAUUUCGUUGAUGAAACUUUUUGAUUGAACAAAUCACUGUGACCAAUGGCAGAUUUUUUUUUAAUUUUUUUUAAUUCUUAUUACUUAACAAAGCAAAUGUCGAGUUUUUACUUUUUUAUUCAUUCGGUUUUUGUAUUUGAGUUGAGUUUUAUUUUUUCUAUCAUUUAUGCUUACUUAAGAAUACCAGUUCGAGACAGUACUAUUUGUAAUGGUAAAUAUUUUGAGCUGUACAGUAACAGACCUAGGAACAAAACUCAAUGUGUGUCCAGCAUGCUGAAUGAUCACUUGUGUGAACGUGAGUUGAUGCAGCAUCAGUCCUCAUCCAUUUCUUGCAUUUGCAUUGUGCAUUGUGACUGUGUGAUGUUGUGUAGGAGAGUGAUGUGUGUCUCACUUACUGUGUCCCCUUAGUAGACAGCCUGUGCAGUUUUGUGAGAGCGCAGCAUGUUUUUUUGGGGGGGUUUUUCCAGGUGUGGGGGUGUUGCUGGUGUAAAUGUAUUCAGAAAAAGAGAGCAACAUGUGUGGGCGUGUGCGAGUGCAGAUAACAGAAUGUGUGUAAGUGUUAUCAAUGCAAAAGAGACUAAUUUAUUUAAAAAAAGAGAACUUUAUCAGCCAGUCUUUAAAGAAAAGAAGUGGGCAAGUUUCGAAUGACGCAUGGAUACUAUGUAAUGUUUUGUUUGUUUGCUUUUUUUAACAAUAGGAGGCUGUCCUUAGUGCCCCAGUUUGCUAUUGUCUGUGCUGUAUCAGAAUAAUACUAUUGAGUGUUGGCCAGCUUGUUUAUAUCCAUCAAAUAAAGGUGACUUUCUUUC